UGGCAGAACAAGACACACAGUCUGUGCCACAUCGUUCACAGGCUGUAUUGCAAAGACUGUAAGCUCACCCAACCAGCACCUUCUGAGAGCAGAUGACGUGGUGAGCUGCUGCUUGGACCUUAGUGUGCCCAGUAUCUCCUUCAGGAUCAAUGGGCAACCAGUUCAGGGCAUGUUUGAGAACUUCAACUCUGAUGGUCUCUUUUUCCCCGUGGCCAGCUUCUCUGCCGGAAUAAAGCUUCGCUUCCUCCUUGGGGGUCGCCAUGGAGAGUUUAAGUUCCUGCCUCCUCCAGGUUAUGCUUCGUGCUUUGAGGCCGUGUUGCCCAGAGAGAAACUAAAACUUGGGCACAGUCAACACCAGCCUGAAGCCGGAGACCUUUUGGGACCCACUGUCACCAUGAGCCAGGCAGCAUUCACACCCCUGCCUGUAAACACCACCCAGAUUGUUUUGCCAUUUCACUUAGAGAGAAUAAAGGAGAAGCUUGCAGAAAACAUCCAUGAGCUGUGGGUGAUGAACAAGAUUGAAUUUGGCUGGACCUACGGUGUAAUUCGAGAUGACACCAAGAGGCAGCACCCAUGUCUUGUGGAGUUCUCCAAGUUGCCAGAACAGGAACGAAGUUAUAACUUACAGAUGUCUAUGGAAACACUCAAAACUCUUCUUGCUUUGGGGUGCCAUGUUGGUCUUGCAGAGGAACAUGUUGUGGAGAAAGUCAAAACUGUGAAACUGUCAUCAAACUAUGAGUUGUGUAGCGGUUACAAACCUGCUCCUUUGGAUCUUUACCAUGUCAAACUAACAUCCACUCAGGAAGCCAUGGUGGACAAAUUGGCUGAAAAUGCACACAAUGUCUGGGCAAGAGACCGCAUUCGCCAGGGUUGGACCUAUGGCAUUCAGCAGGAUGUGAAGAAUCGCACAAAUCCUCGCCUGGUGCCCUACAGUCUUUUGGAUGAGAGAACAAAGAAGGCAAACAAAGACAGUCUAAGAGAAACUGUCAGAACUCUGUUGGGUUAUGGAUACAACUUGGAAACUCCUGACCAGGACUACACUCAUUAUGAUCACAACAAUUUGUCUGCUGAAAGGUUUCGGAUCUUCAGAGCUGAAAAAUCCUACUGUGUGAAUGAAGGAAAGUGGUACUUUGAGCUAGAGGUAGUGACAGCAGGAGAGAUGAGGGUUGGCUGGGCAAGACCAGGAUGUCUGCCAGAUCUAGCAUUGGGUUCUGAUGAAAAGGCCUUUGUCUUUGAUGGAUUCAAGGUUCAGCGCUGGCACCAGGGAAAUGAGCACUUUGGGCGUGCCUGGCAGACAGGUGAUGUCGUUGGCUGCAUGGUGGACAUGAAUGAGCAAACCAUGAUGUUCACCCUCAACGGAGAAGUGCUACUUGAUGACUCUGGCUCUGAACUGGCUUUCAAAGACUUUGAUGUUGGUGAAGGUUUCAUCCCUGUGUGCAGUUUGGGUGUGUGCCAGGCUGGGAGGAUUAACUUUGGUAAACAUGUCAGUACCCUGAAAUACUUCACCAUAUGUGGUCUGCAAGAAGGUUACGAACCUUUUGCUGUCAACAUGAACCGUGAUGUCACAAUAUGGCUCAGUAAAAGACUGCCUCAGUUUGUACCUGUACCUCCUGACCACCAACAUAUUGAGGUGACAAGAAUAGAUGGUACAGUGGAUUCAUGUCCAUGUCUGAAGGUCACACAAAAGUCAUUUAAUUCACAGAACAGCAACGGCGAGAUUACUUUCUACAGACUGAGCAUGCCCAUUGAAUGUGCUGAAUCCUUCUCUAAGCCUCUGCCAAAUGGCAGUCUUUUGUCACCUAAGACAGAGCUAGAAGACUUUGAAUGUGACUUUGAGGUUCUAAUGAAAACAUCUCAUGGCCACAAUGGUCAAAGCGGUCCAGACUGUGGUGAAUUCAACAAUCACAAAGAUUGCAACCAAGAGAAAACCUCCAAGCUCAAACCAAGGCUCUUGUUGAAGAAGAAUAAACCAUACAACUCCAAUCCCACCUCUGCCUCUCUGUCAGAAGAAAUGAUGGCUGAUCACAGGACGGAAUAUGAACUACUCAUGCAAGCAUCUGUUUACUCAUAUUCCAUAAGGAUCUUCCCUGGCCAGGAGCCCAACUGUGUCUGGGUGGGCUGGGUCACCUCUGACUUUCAUCAGCAUGAACUGGGCUUUAGAUUGGACAAGGUCCAAACCGUAACAGUGACUUUGGGAGAUGAGAAAGGCAAAGUUCAUGAGAGUAUACAGCGCAGUAACUGCUAUAUGGUGUGGGCUGGAGAGAGCAGCAGUCCAGAAGGAAGGAGUAACAAUGGUUUAGAGAUUGGAUGUUUGGUUGACACAGCAAACGGCCUGCUGUCCUUUACCGCUAAUGGCAAAGAGCUCAGCACAUACUACGAGGUGGAGCCCAGCACUAAACUCUUUCCAGCUGUAUUUGCCAAGGCUACCACCUUGAAUGUCUUCCAGUUUGAACUGGGAAAAAUUAAGAAUGUGAUGCCUCUGUCAGCUGGUUUAUUUCUGAGUGAGAAGAAGAAUCGAGUCCCCCAAUGUCCUCCCCGGCUGCAUGUCCAGUUUCUCACUCCUGUAAUUUGGUGUCGUGUUCCCAAUCACUAUCCCAAGGUUUCAGUAUCAAGAGUGAAUGACACACAAGGGUGGCUUGUUCAUUGUAAUGAACCAUCACAGUUUUUGUCUCUGCACAUACCUGAAGAGAACAGGUGGAAUACAUACAUCUGCUGUCUCUCUCUUCCUCACAUGCUCUUUCAUUUCUUAUUCAGUCUUUGUGUGUCACUCAGGUCAUUGGAUAUCUUGGAACUAUCUGAAAGGAGAGACUUAUUAAAGUUUCACUACCAUACCCUCAGAUUGUAUUCUGCAAUCUGUGCAUUUGGAAACAAUCGGGUUGCUCAUGCCCUUUGCUCCCACGUGGAUGAGGCACAGCUUCUGCAUGCAAUAGAGAAUAAAUAUAUGCCAGGUUUGCUUCGUGCAGGCUACUAUGACCUUUUGAUUGAGAUCCAUCUCAGCAACUAUGCAACCGCUUGUCUCAUGAUGAACAAUGAAUACAUUGUUCCUAUGACUGAUGAAACUAAGAGUAUAACCCUGUUUCCCAAUGAGGAAAAAACACACGGUGUUCCUGGCAUUGGAAUCAGCACUUCCCUAAGACCAAGAAUGCACGUUUCAUCGCCAAGUUUUAUCUGUGGUUCUGGGUCAUCAUCACAUAACAAUUUCAACAAUGGCUCAGGAUUAGUGGAUUCUUGCCAUUAUAGUCCUGAAUUCCCCUUGGACAUACUAAAAAAGAAAACAGUCGAGAUGCUGACAGAGGCAGUAUGUGAGGGAAAGUUGCAUGUAAGAGAUCCCAUUGGGGGCAGCACUGAAUUUCUCUUUGUGCCGCUCAUAAGGCUUGUUUACACCAUGCUCAUCAUGGGUGUUUUCCAAAAUGGAGAUUUGAAGACCAUACUGCGACUGAUUGAGCCAUCAAUGUUCUCAGAAGGAUGUGAAUUACAGGAAGAAAUAAAUAGGAAGGUGGAAAUGGAGACGGACAAAGGAGGAGAGGAUGAAGGGAGAAACAUCCCAAACCAAGGAUUGUUGCAGAUGAAGUUACCAGAGCCUGUAAAAGUUCAGAUGUGCCAUGUUCUUCAGUACCUGUGUGACUGCCAGGUGCGUCAUCGGAUUGAAGCACUCGUCGCCUUCUCUGAUGAUUUCGUAGCUUGUCUCCAAGAAAACCAGCGGUUUCGCUACAAUGAAGUGAUGCUCGCGCUGAACAUGUCUGCAGCUCUCACAGCCAAGAAGACAAAAGAAUUCCGAUCACCACCUCAAGAACAGAUCAACAUGCUGCUGAACUUUAAGGAGAUGCAGGAGUGUCCCUGUCCUGAAUAUAUCCAAGAGCAGCUGCUUGACUUCCAUGAAGACUUCAUGAAACACUGUGAGUUAACUGAAGAUGGCGCUUUAGAUGGGGAGAGUAAUUUUACCAUUCGAAGUCGACUGAUGUCAUUAGUUGAAAACGUGUCUGUCCUGAAGAACAAGAUGAUCAACCUGGCAAAGAAAAAAAGAGACAGAAACCCUAGUACUUUACAGCAGUUGAUUUCAGAGACGAUGGUUCGCUGGGCUCAGGAGUCUGUCAUUGAGGAUCCAGAGCUUGUCAGAGCCAUGUUUCUCCUGUUGCACCGACAGUACGAUGGCAUUGGAGGACAGGUUCGUGCUCUCCCCAAGACUUACACAAUAAACACAGUUUCAAUCGAGGACACCAUCAACCUGCUCGCUUCUCUUGGUCAGAUCAGAUCAUUGCUAAGUGUGCGUAUGGGAAGAGAGGAGGAGAAGCUAAUGAUAAGAGGCCUAGGUGAUAUUAUGAACAACAAGGUGUUUUACCAGCAUCCCAACUUGAUGAGAGCUCUGGGGAUGCAUGAGACUGUCAUGGACGUCAUGGUGAACGUACUCAGUGGAGGGGAUUGUAAGGAAAUUACCUUUCCUAAAAUGGUGGCCAACUGUUGUCGUUUUCUUUGUUACUUCUGUCGAAUCAGCCGUCAAAACCAGAAAGCGAUGUUUGAUCAUCUCAGCUACCUGCUGGAGAACAGCAGCGUUGGACUUGCAUCUCCAUCGAUGCGAGGAUCCACCCCUCUUGAUGUGGCUGCAGCAUCAGUGAUGGAUAACAAUGAGUUGGCCCUUGCUUUGAGAGAGCCAGACUUGGAGAAGGUAGUUCAAUAUCUGGCUGGCUGUGGACUGCAGAGCUGCAGGAUGCUGGUGUGUAAAGGAUAUCCUGACAUUGGCUGGAACCCUGUAGAAGGAGAGCGCUACCUUGACUUCUUGCGGUUUGCUGUAUUUUGUAAUGGUGAAAGUGUGGAAGAGAAUGCUAACGUUGUGGUGAGACUUCUUAUUCGCCGACCAGAAUGUUUUGGCCCUGCACUUCGGGGGGAAGGGGGUGAUGGGUUGUUGACCACAAUGGAGGACGCAAUCAAGAUUUCCCUUGAUCCUUUAAGAGAUGGACCUUCUUCGGCAUCAGAAAGCAGUAAUAUUCUUCAUGAUGGGCUAGAGGAAGAUGAUACUAUCCACUUGGGAAAUGCCAUCAUGACCUUCUAUGCAGCUCUCAUUGACCUGCUGGGACGUUGUAGUCCUGAAAUGCAUUUGAUACAUGCUGGAAAAGCUGAAGCGGUCCGCAUUAGAGCCAUUCUAAGGUCCCUCAUUUCCAUUGAAGAGCUGGUGGGUGUCAUCUGCAUUCCAUUCUCUAUGCCAAGUCUUGCAAAAGAUGGUGUGGUGUUGGAGCCAGACAUGUCAGCUGGCUUCUGUCCGGAUCAUAAAGCGGCCAUGGUGCUGUUUUUGGACCGUGUAUAUGGUGUACAAGACCAGAAUUUCCUCCUCCAUCUGCUCGAAGUUGGCUUUCUACCAGAUCUCAGAGCUUCAGCCUCAUUAGACACUGUACCUCUUAGUGCCACAGAUAUGGCUCUUGCCCUCAACAGGUAUUUGUGCACAGCAGUAUUACCACUGCUGACAAAAUGUGCACCACUGUUUGCGGGGACAGAGCCAUUCGCCUCACUGAUCGAUUCCCUCCUUCACACGGUUUACCGUCUUUCGAAAGGCUGUUGCCUUACCAAAGCCCAGAGAGAUUCCAUUGAAGAGUGUCUUCAUGCUGUUUGCGGUACGCUGAGGCCUUCAAUGAUGCAGCAUUUGUUGAGCAAGCUUGUGUUCGACAUUCCCUUGCUUAAUGAACAUAGUAAGAUGCCUUUGAAGCUUUUGGCCAAUCAUUUUGAUCGGUGUUGGAAAUACUACUGCCUGGCUGGAGGCUGGGGCAGUUUUGGUGCUGCAUCUGAUGAAGAGCUUUGUCUUUGUAGGAAAUUAUUUUGGGGAAUAUUUGAUGCUCUCUCUCAUAAGCCAUAUGACCGGGAGCUGUUUAAGGCUGCAUUGUCAUGCCUUAGUGCAGUAGGUGGAGCUCUUCCUCCAGACUAUGUGGAGUCGAACAACAUGGCCAUGAUAGACAAACAAUCAUCUACGGACACUGAAAGAAACUACACUCUGCAGCCUGCAGAUACUGCCAAUGUGACUGUACCAGAAAAACUGGACAUUUUCAUUGCCAGAUAUGCAGAGCAUAACCAUGAGAAGUGGUGUUUUGAAAAGCUUUCAAAUGGCUGGUCAUAUGGGGAAAAAGCAUGUGAAAUAUCCAGGACCCACAAUUUAUUAAAGCCUUUUAACGGACUCACUGAUCAGGAUAAAGAGUUAUAUUACUGGCCAAUCAGAGAGUCUCUAAAAACAAUCCUUUCUUGGGGAUGGAGCAUCAACAGGAUACGAGAGACUGACCCUGCCCCCCUACAUAACAAACCUAGGAGGAUAUCGCAAGCCAGCCAGCCAUCCUUUGAAGGAACACAGUGUUUCAAUCCCAGACCAAUCGAUAUGAGCAAUGUUACACUGUCCAGAGAUGCACAGUCGAUGGCAGAGCUGCUCGCAGAGAACUAUCAUAACAUCUGGGCCAGGAUAAAGAAGAUUGAUCAAGAAGCUAGAGGCGCAGGAAAUGACCCCUUACUGGUUCCGUUUGAUACACUAACUCCCAAAGAGAAAUUAAAAGACAGACAAAAAGCACUAGACCUCCUCAAGUUCCUCCAGAUCAAUGAUUACACAGUCUCAAGAGGUGUGAAGCCGCAGGAGUUUGACACACAAACCAUAGAGAAACGAUUUGUCUACACCUUCCUUGAGAAGCUCAUCAAAUAUGUAGACCAGGCUCAUGAUCACAUGCUGGUGUUUGACAGGGAAACAAGACAAAGGGGAGUAAAAAGUCUCCACGAACAGCAGAUGAAGUUCUUUUUAAAGGUUGUCUUGCCAUUGGCGGAUCAAUAUUUCACAAACCAUCGGCUGUACUUCCUAUCCACAUCUAUCCAUUCCAUGAGCAACGGUGGACAUGCUUCCAACAAGGAGAAAGAGAUGGUGACAAGUCUUUUCUGCAAAUUGGGAGUACUUAUCAGAAAUGGGAUAUCAUUUUUUGGUAAUAAUGCCACAUCCAUAGUCAACUGUUUGCAAAUACUGGGGCGAAGUCUGGAUGCCAGAACAGUGAUGAAGACAGGCUUGGAGUCAACCAAGGCAGCACUGCAGUCCUUCUUCAACAAUGCAGCAGAGGCUCUGGAGAAGACUCAAGAAAAUCUGAAACUUGGCCAAUUUACUCACAGCAAAGAACAGCCCCGAGGAGUCCCUCAGAUCAUCAACUAUACCACCUUUGGCCUCCUUCCUAUCCUGUCUUCCUUGUUUGAACACAUUGGAAAGAACAAUUUUGGAGAAGAUCUACUGUUGGAUGAGAUCCAGGUUUCCUGCUACAGAAUCCUUAAUAGCCUCUACUCUCUGGGAACCAAUGAAAGCAUAUAUGUAGAGAGACAUCGCCCAGCAUUAGGAAAAUGUUUGGCUGCUUUCUCAACAGCCUUCCCUGUUGCCUUCCUUGAACCUCACAUCACCCAGUUCAACAACUUCUCACUCUACAACAGCAAAAGUGAUGAAGACAUAUAUGAUCUUGGUCUGCCCAGCCAGGUCGUAGACAUUUGUCCAAUGAUUCCAAAUUUGGAGAGGUCUCUGGAAGAGAUCAUCAAUGUGGCACAGUCUGGCAUGAAAUAUACUCAAGUGCCUCAUGUCAUGGAGGUGGUUUUACCAGUUUUGUGCAGCUACAUGUCUCACUGGUGGGAACACGGGCCAGAGAAUAACCCAGACCAGGCUGACAGUUGCUGUACAUCUGUGACUUCUGAACAUAUCAACAUAUUACUUGGAAACAUCUUGAAGAUCAUCUACAACAAUUUAGGGAUAGAUGAGGGAUCCUGGAUGAAAAGAGUAGCGGUGUUUUCUCAAUCAAUCAUCAGCAAGGCCCAAUCCCAGUUGCUCAAGACCCACUUUCUGCCUCUCAUGAAGAAACUCCGAAAAAAAGCAGCUGUUGUGCUGGUGGAUGAGGAACAAAGAAAGGCAGAGGGGAGGGGUGAGAUAUCAGAAACUGAGCUUCUCAACAUGGACCAGUUCUCUAUUCUUGUCAGAGACCUCUACGCUUUUUAUCCCCUUCUUAUAAGAUUUGUCGACUACAACAGGGCCACAUGGCUAAAAGAGUCUAAUCCAGAGGCAGAGGUUUUAUUCCAGAUGGUGGCGGAGGUUUUCAUCUUCUGGGCGAAGUCUCAUAACUUCAAGAGAGAGGAACAGAAUUUUGUGGUUCAGAAUGAAAUCAACAAUAUGUCCUUCCUCAUCUCAGAUUCCAAGUGUAAGAUGUCAAAGGGAAUAGGUUCCUACCAGGAGAGGAAGAAGUUGAGGAGAAAGGGAGACCGAUAUUCAUUGCAGACCAGUCUGAUCGUGGCAACUCUGAAGCGCCUCCUGCCCAUAGGACUUAACAUAUGUGUUCCUGGUGAAAAAGAGCUGAUUGCUCUUGCAAAGAAGCGAUUCUUCGAGAAAGAUACUGAGGAUGAAGUGCGGCAAGUCAUUAGAAACAACCUGCAUCUACAACGAAAGUUGCAGGACCCCGAUAGGUGGCAAAGAGCCCUGUACAGAGACAUUCUAAAUAAUUGUGAUAACACCUCUGACCCCAAGAAGAAUGUGGAAAGACUUCUGGACAUUGCUCAUGUCCUCUUCCACCUUGACCAGGUUGAGCAUCCCCAGCACAGUAAAAAGGCAGUGUGGCACAAAUUGCUGUCCAAACAGAGAAAGAGAGCUGUCGUUGCUUGCUUUAGGAUGGCUCCUCUCUACAAUCUGCCCAGACACCGGGCUGUCAACUUGUUCCUCCAGGGCUAUAAAAAAUCCUGGAUUGAGGCAGAAGAACACUUCUUUGAGGAUAAACUAAUUGAGGAUCUUGCUAAAUCAGGUGAACAAGAGGCAUUCGAGGAGAUGGAGGGAGUGAAACACAUUGACCCCCUACAUCAGCUCAUCCAGCUUUUCAGUAGAACAGCCCUGAUAGAGAAGUGUAAACUGCACGAAGAUCAUCUCUACAUGGCUUACGCUGAUAUCAUGGCGAAGAGCUGCCAUGAUGAAGAAGAUGAAGAUGGGGAAGAAGUGAAAAGUUUUGAAGUAGGUUUUCUUUAUCAUUUGACUUGUUAUUGUUAUUGCCGGACAAACUUAUCCCACCCCCAUUUUAAUGUCUAGGAGAAGGAAAUGGAAAAGCAGAAGCUGUUAUACCAGCAGGAAAGGCUGCAUGAUCGUGGUGCUGCUGAAAUGGUACUUCAGACCAUUAGUGCCAGCAAAGGUGAAAUGGGUUCCAUGGUGGCCUCAACUCUAAAAUUGGGCAUUGCAAUUCUCAAUGGAGGAAACUCUACAGUACAACUGAAAAUGCUGGAUUAUCUGAAGAACAGAAAGGAUGUGGGCUUCUUUCAGAGUCUUGCUGGCCUCAUGGAGUUAUGCAGUGUUCUGGAUCUAAAUGCAUUUGAGAGACAGAACAAAGCGGAAGGCCUGGGAAUGAUCACUGAGGAGGGAUCAGGUGAGAAGGUUAUCCAGGAUGAUGAGUUUACCUGUGACCUUUUCCGCUUCCUUCAGCUUCUCUGUGAAGGACACAAUUCAGAUUUCCAAAACUACUUAAGGACUCAAACAGGGAACAAUACAACUGUCAACAUAAUCAUCUCGACUGUUGACUACCUUCUAAGACUACAGGAGUCUAUUAGUGAUUUCUACUGGUAUUACUCUGGGAAAGAUAUAAUCGAUGAGCAGGGGCAGAGGAACUUCUCAAAGGCAAUUAAUGUGGCCAAGCAGAUUUUCAACACGCUCACAGAGUAUAUCCAGGGUCCAUGUACUGGAAAUCAGCAGAGUUUGGCACACAGUCGUCUGUGGGAUGCUGUGGUGGGCUUUCUCCAUGUUUUUGCACAUAUGCAGAUGAAACUGUCUCAGGACUCUAGUCAGAUUGAGUUGCUAAAGGAACUGAUGGAUCUUCAGAAAGACAUGGUGGUCAUGUUGCUUUCAAUGAUGGAGGGGAAUGUAGUUAAUGGGACCAUUGGAAAGCAGAUGGUUGACAUGCUGGUGGAAUCAUCGAACAAUGUAGAAAUGAUUCUGAAGUUCUUUGAUAUGUUCCUCAAGAUGAAAGAUGUCACCUCUUCUGAUGCCUUUAAAGAGUAUGACCCUGAUGGAAAAGGUGUAAUAUCCAAGAGGGACUUCCAGAAGGCAAUGGAGAACUAUAAGCACUACACCCAGUCUGAGACUGAUUUCCUUCUCUCCUGUGCUGAAACUGAUGAAAAUGAGCUCCUGGACUAUGUCAAAUUUGUGGAGCGCUUUCAUGAACCAGCUAAGGAGAUUGGCUUCAAUGUGGCGGUUUUGUUGACCAACUUGUCAGAGCACAUGCCUCAUGACAACCGGCUGCACACCUUCCUGGAGCUGGCACAAAGUGUUCUCAGCUACUUCCAACCCUACCUGGGUAGGAUUGAGGUCAUGGGCAGUGCCAAGCGUGUUGAGAGGGUCUACUUUGAGAUCAGUGAGUCCAGUCGAACACAGUGGGAGAAACCUCAGGUUAAAGAAUCUAAGCGCCAGUUCAUAUUUGAUGUGGUAAAUGAAGGAGGCGAGAAGGAAAAGAUGGAAUUGUUUGUGAAUUUCUGUGAGGACACCAUCUUUGAAAUGCAACUGGCUGCUCAGAUGUCAGACACUGGCGAGCGCUCAUCUGUGAAAGAGGACAAUGAGCAAGAGAAGCCAGAUGUGGAAAAUCCAGAGACAAGCUUCUUUUCAGUUACCACGGUUCACAUGGCACUAAUAGCACUGCACUUCAGUUUCAUGCUAUUUAUUAAGGUGCUGUCCAUGAAGAGUUUGAAGAAGCAAAUGAAGAAGCUAAAGUGUAUGACGUCAAAAGACAUGGUGACAGCACUGGUUUCAUUCUAUUGGUCUGUAUUGCAGGACCUUUUCCAUAUUGGAUUCAGUGUGCUCCGAGGAUUUUUCAGAAUUUUCUACAAUAAUAUAGGAGGUAAUCUGGUUGAUGGGGCCAAGAGGAUAAAGGUAUCUGGGCUACUCACUAAAAUGCCGGACCCCUCCCAGGAUGGAAUCAGGUUGAAGGGGAAAGACAAAGAGAGAAAAUCAUCUAACAGGAGCUCAGUGAAGGAGGACUUGUCUUACUUGACUGUCAAUACCAGUGACACUGAGCUGCUGUCAGACAUUUUUGGCCUGGACUUACGGAGAGAGGGAGGACAAUAUAAAAUAAGUCCUCACAACCCCAAUGCCAGUCUCAAUGAAAUUUUCAAAAUCCCGCUUCCUCCUCCGUCCCUUUGUGCUACCUCAGCAGCACCUUCUCAUGAGCUCAGACAAAUGGAUCAGUCCAAGAGCCCUUUCUUAGAGAUGAAGAAGGAAGAUGAAACAGAAAAUGCGUGUCAAGGAAAGGAAAGGGGUGAUCAUGAAGAGAAAGAGGAGAAGAAUGUGAAGAUGAAAUCAAACAAGAAAGGCCACAGGAGCUCAAAGGAAGAAACAGAUUUGCAGGAGUCAGCAUUCUCAAAGAAGAUCAUUGUGUAUCAAAGGAAACUCCUGAACUAUUUUGCUAGGAAUUUUUACAACAUGAGGAUGCUGGCUCUAUUAGUUGCAUUUGCCAUAAACUUCAUUCUCCUAUUCUAUAAGGUUUCCAAAUCUUCAUCAGGGGCUGAGGAAGUGAUUACAAACAGCCAACCAGACAACACUAUUCAGUGGGAUACACUCAGUGGUGAGCCUAUGGUGGAGAAGAAAGAUGUUGUAAUGGAUGACGUUGGAUCGCCCUUGAGGUUCGCUGUGGUCCAUUUUGUCUUGGAGGAGGGCAGCGGAUACAUGGAGCCCACACUGCGGAUCUUGGCUAUCCUUCACACUGUCAUCUCUUUCUUCUGUAUCAUCGGAUAUUAUUGCCUCAAGGUUCCAUUGGUGGUCUUUAAGCGUGAAAAGGAGGUUGCCAGGAAGUUGGAGUUUGACGGCCUUUACGUAACAGAGCAGCCAUCUGAGGAUGAUAUCAAAGGACAGUGGGACAGACUGGUUAUCAACACACAAUCUUUCCCGAACAACUAUUGGGAUAAAUUUGUGAAGCGAAAGGUGAUGGAUAAAUAUGGGGAAUUUUAUGGUUGUUACCGGAUCAGUGAGCUUCUCGGCUUGGACAAGACAACUCUGGACUUCAGUGAUGCUCAUAAAAGAAAGCCCAGAAAAGACACCUACCUAGCUGCUGUACUGAAUUCCAUUGAUGCCAAAUACCAGAUCUGGAAGCUCGGAGUAGUGUUCACUGAUAAUUCAUUCCUGUAUCUGGCCUGGUAUAUGACAAUGUCCAUCCUGGGUCACUACAACAACUUUUUCUUUGCUGCACAUCUGCUAGAUAUUGCAAUGGGUUUCAAGACACUGCGGACCAUCCUGUCCUCAGUGACACACAAUGGCAAACAGCUGGUGUUAACAGUUGGCCUAUUAGCAGUGGUGGUGUAUCUCUACACAGUAGUUGCCUUCAACUUCUUCAGAAAGUUCUACAACAAGAGUGAAGAUGGAGAAUUACCUGACAUGAAAUGUGAUGAUAUGUUGACUUGUUACAUGUUCCACAUGUAUGUAGGUGUACGAGCAGGGGGAGGCAUCGGUGACCAGAUUGAGGACCCAGCAGGCGACGAAUAUGAGAUGUAUCGCAUCAUAUUUGACAUCACCUUCUUUUUCUUUGUCAUUGUCAUCCUUCUGGCCAUCAUCCAAGGUUUAAUCAUUGACGCUUUUGGAGAACUGCGGGAUCAACAAGAACAAGUGAAAGAAGACAUGGAGACAAAAUGUUUUAUCUGUGGAAUAGGCAAUGACUACUUUGAUACCGUGCCUCAUGGCUUUGAAACACACACUCUCCAGGAGCACAACUUGUCCAAUUACCUAUUCUUUGUGAUGUAUCUUAUCAACAAAGAUGAAACAGAGCACACAGGCCAGGAAUCUUAUGUAUGGAAGAUGUACCAGGAACGUUGCUGGGAGUUCUUCCCUGCUGGCGAUUGUUUCCGGAAACAGUAUGAAGAUCAACUCAACUGAUCGCUCAAUGGUGAUCAAUCUCUUCUGGUGGUUCCUCAACCCCAUCUGCUGGAUACUGACUUGAGUAGCUUGUGUUAGCAAACUACCUAACACCCCUCCCCAUCACUCUCCUGUCACAAGACACCUAGCAACCACAUUGCAAGAAUCUUGUCAACAUCUUCUCAAUCAUCAGAUCAACCUGCUUUAUCUGCGUGAGAUUGCAGCACCCUCAUUUUGGAAUUAUUUUGUGUACAUGGAAAUGAUCUGAUUAUAUUCUGUAAAAUCAAACUGCUGGCAUGUGACAGCUGUCAUUGAUUCGGAUGCGUUCAUCAUUUCUUCUAUUUGACAAAACAGUAACAAGAAUUUAAAAAAAGGAAGCAGAGCGUGGACAGAGGAGUGUGACUUCUUGUCUCUACAACACACACUUAAUGGUGGAACAGGUAAUGCACACUGCAAGACUGAAACUUCCUGAAAUAUAUCUUUUAACCAUCUGCUUAUGUUACCACAGUCAAAAAUCUGAUCCUCAUUGAAAUUUGCUUGCAAUUCAGUGGAAAGACUUUGUACGUGAAGCUGAAAAGCUUUCCAAUGUUUAACAAUUGAGAAUAUUUUAAUGGUUUGAAUUAAAGUAGAGCUUCCAAAUGUAAUCAUUGUUUCUACAAUCUGUAUUUGCUAAUAUUGUGUGUGUGAAGAACAAUAUAAAAUUGCCUGUGAUACGAAUUUAAUCAAGUUGAGUUAAAUAAGAAAAAUAGAUUAAAUGAAAAGUCAUUCUGA